GCUACACAAAUUUUUUGCCCCCAUUAAGUAAAACAAAGGUUUUAGUUUCGACAAAGCCGUCUUCUCUUGACGCAUCUCUCUAUAUUCACAGACAGACAAACACAGUGGAAUCUUUGUUUUCAAGCCGUUGCUUUCUCUUGUCUUCAAAAUACAACAUUCGCGAUUCUGCUGCCGUCUCUUUUUGAUCCGUGUUUGGAUUCAGCUGAUUGUAAAGAUCAAAACACAAUGACAGUUGCAUCUAUGUUAUCCUCAAACUCUAUGAAUGUGGGAGUUUCCAAUCCAAAGAUGUCUUCAAAAACCUCUGCUUGUUGUUUGCUGAACCGGCCAUGGCCGUCGAGUUGUUCGAUGUCAAUUUCAUCAUGUGGGCAGUUUGGAGUUUCGGAAAAAUCGAAACUUUUGUGCGGGGCAGGUGCGCUUCAAGUUGAAAGUGCACCUUUGUUUUCUGUUGGGCAAAAGUUUCAACUUGAUGAUGUGAUUGAAGCUCAACAGUUUGAUAGAGAAACUCUCAGUGCUAUAUUUGAAGUUGCUCGGAGUAUGGAGAAUAUUAGGGGUAACUCGUCCGGGAGCCAGAUGCUUAAGGGUUACCUCAUGGCGACACUGUUUUACGAGCCUUCCACUAGAACUAGGCUUUCAUUUGAGUCUGCUAUGAAAAGAUUAGGUGGUGAUGUACUCACAACUGAAAAUGCUAGGGAGUUUUCGUCUGCGGCUAAAGGAGAGACACUCGAAGAUACUAUAAGAACGGUUGAAGGUUACUCUGAUAUAAUUGUAUUGCGCCACUUUGAAAGCGGUGCAGCGAGAAGAGCUGCAGCGACUGCUAACAUUCCGGUUAUCAAUGCUGGGGAUGGCCCAGGACAGCAUCCCAGCCAGGCGUUGUUAGACGUUUAUACCAUUGAACGAGAGAUAGGAAAACUGGAUGGAAUUAAAGUUGGGCUUGUCGGAGACCUUGCUAAUGGAAGGACAGUUCGCUCACUUGCAUACUUACUUGCCAAGUACCGUGACGUUAAAUUAUAUUUUGUAUCUCCUAACGUGGUUAAAAUGAAGGAUGACAUAAAAGAGUAUCUGACAUCAAAAGGAGUGGAGUGGGAAGAAAGUUCUGAUUUGAUGGAAGUCGCUUCUAAGUGCGAUGUGGUUUAUCAAACUCGCAUUCAGAAGGAAAGAUUUGGAGAGAAACUUAACCUUUACGAAGAAGCAAGAGGAAAGUAUAUUGUGAAUCAAGAUGUUCUAAAGGUGAUGCAAAAUCAUGCUGUUGUAAUGCACCCUCUUCCCAAACUCGACGAAAUCGAAGCUGAUGUCGAUAAUGAUCCAAGAGCUGCUUAUUUUAGGCAGGCAAAGAAUGGCUUAUACAUUAGGAUGGCUCUAUUGAAGGUUUUGCUUCUUGGAUGGUGAAAGAUGCAUUCACUUUCCAAGUGGUGAAGAUGAUAAAUUUGUUUCAGUUGUUAUCUUAGUUAAACUUGUUUUUUGUACCUAUGUUGGCAUGAGUCUCACAUAUAGAGUGAGAAAGAGAAGGGAAAAUAAUUUUUAGACAUUAGUAUUAACUUUUGAUAUGCAAGUUUUUCUAUUUACCAUA